AUGGAUCAUGCUAUCCUCCUCUUGGGUUAUGCUCUCAAUCCCUUGGGCCUUUUCCCAACUAGUUACAAUGACGCUGUUAAGGAACAUCUUGGCGGCACAAAAUUAAAACUUUAUAAUGUUCUGAAACAUGCCAAUGGAUUUGGCGCUAGCAUUGGAAUGAUUUUUACUUCUACAACAACAAUAAGGUUAAUUGCUAGGUAUAAUUGUUUACUUAGAAUGGAAGCCAAUGAGAAUGAAGCCUGUCAUAUGGAUGUGAUGUUUUACAUGGUUAUAUUUUGUUUCAUUGAAAUAUUGCUUUCCCAAAUUCCUGAUUUUGAAAUGCGUUGGUACUUCUCAAUAUUCGGGGCUAGUAUGUCUUUCACGUAUUCCGUAAUUGCUCUAUUUUUUGGUGUGAAGACCAUUGUGGAAAACAAAGUAAUUAAAGGAAAUCUUACUGGAACAAAUCUUCCAAUGCCCCAAAAAUUAUGGACAAUCUUCACAGCAGUGGGUAAUAUUGCGUUCGGAUAUUCCUACUUUCUCCUACCUUUAGAAUUUAAGGAGAAAAUUGCAUUGCCUUGGUCGUAUUCAAAAACAGUGAAUAUUGCUGCUUUGAUUUGUGUAAUAGUAGCCAGCGUGUUUUAUAUCUUAACUGGUUCUAUCGGAUACGCUGCUUUUGGAGACAAUAGCCCUGCAAAUCUCUUAACUGAAUUCGAUUUCAGUUUUGAUAGGCAUUCUUGGCUACUCAAUGUAGCUAAUUUUGCAAUUAUUGUCCAUUUAGCGGGGUCUUAUCAAGUUUUCUCAGAUCCGAUCUACUUAUUUGUGGAAGGAAUUGCUAUUAGAAAAUUUCCUAGCAGUGAUUUCAUAAACAAGGAAAUUCAAAUACAUGACAGGUUCACUCUAAUAAAAAUCAACCUCUUCAGGUUGGUGUGGAGGUCUUCAUUUGUAGUCAUAACAAUGAUUAUAUCCGUUUUUCUACCAUUCUUGGAUGGGAUUAUUGGAUUAAUUGGAGCGUUUGGCUUCUUCCCUCUAACGGUGUAUUUCCCCAUGGAAGUAUACCUUGCUCACAACAGAAUAUCAGAGUGGAAUAAAAAACGGAUUUCUCUCUGUAUCAUUAGUGUUACUUGUUUAAUAGUUUCUAUUGCUGCUGCAGGUGCUUCGUUUGAUAUUGUUAUGUCUAAUUUGUUAGAAUAG